UAAUACAUACCCGUACAAGAAAGCUGGCUAUGGCUAACCUACCACAGGACGAGAGGAAUGACCUUCAGCGUGAAGAACGACGUUUACAUGUAGCUAAGGCAAGGAGAUAUUACAGCCUCACUCCGAUGGAGCAAAAGAAAUGCAAUGCUUUGGUGAAAGACUACCUACAUCCAUCUGGAAUUGGAUCUGAAGUGUUUUUGCGAAAUCUCAUCUGCUUCUUUAAUUUUGAAACACGUGAUCCGCCUCCACGUCGUUACGAGCAAGAGAGUGCACUUCUUGUGAUUGAAGUGUGCACGAUCAUGAAGGAUCUCUUUCAACCAUUUUGGAACAAUUCUCAGAAUAGCGACCAGUUUGACAUUCUACAGAAAGAAUUGCCUGAUUUGCUUAUUGCAGGAGGCAAAGGUUAUAGGACAGUACCGGAAUUUCAACGCGAGCUUCAUUCCAUUCUGUUCUACAUUCUACAGAUAGAAUUGCUUGGUUUGCGUAUUGCAGGAGGCGAAGGUUUUAUGACAGGACCGGAAUUUCAACGCGAGCUUCAGUCCAUUCUGGAAGCAUUGAUUGAUUUGCUUGAAGCAGGACGCAGGUAAUUGUACAGUACCGGAAUUUCGACGCAUGCUUAAGCGAAUCCAUUCUGGUAAGACUUAUAUCAUAUACAUGUGAUAGAUUACAGGGUCUUUAGGAAAGAAAGGGGUCUAAAUAUGCUUUUUGUAAGGACCUGUUGUUAACUUACUGAGCUAUAUCUAUAUGCAGUGAUAUUGACCAAGUUUGCUGAUCCAUGAAUUUGAGAUGGUAGGAUUAUGAAAGAGAGGUUCGAAUCAUAUAGAUCGCAUCGUCCUGAAAAUGACACUCGUUUUCAACGCUUUUCAAAUCAUCCAUCGGAAGUUCUGACAUCAGAAAAAUAUUUCUAAUGUGAAUGUUAUAUUAUAAUCUUGUAUCAGAUAAAUUUUUAUGUAAUUCCUAUGAUGCUUAAUAUGAAAAUUUUGGCCCGGAAUUGUGCUCUUGUCACUGCCGAGUCGAUCAUAAUUGUGUUGGGAUUAUUGCCGUACGUGGGUGGAUACAAAUGUGCAUUGCCCCACAUGUUAUAAUUCAUGUAGUGAGAUGAAGAAAUAUGCGACGGUGAAAAAAGAAAUGUUUUUCUAGAAAAAAUUGGAUGACUAUCACAUCAAGUUCGAAGUCAGGUUUUCAGUUCGAUUGAAAGAUUACAAUACAAACUUGGUACAUAUUGCCUGAAACUCCUCAAUUAAAUCCCAGUAUUAGAGUUCUAUUCACAAGCACUGCAAAAUAUUCCCUUUUUUAAUAGUUACACACUACCUUUUGUUUGAAUGCCAAUAGCCCGCUACUCAGCAAAAGCAUAAAAAUACAUAGUAACUUACAUGUAGCACCCAAGCCAUGGUCUUGUGGGAUUCCUCAAAAUCAUGAUAUUUGAAAUGGAUGUAGAUAUCAUUUGUUACUUGUUACUUUUCUUACUUGCUAUGAUGUUGCAUACAUAAUUUUAGCAAUUUACUGAAAAAGCUGUUGUAUGUAUCUUGAUCAAACUUUGAGAAAGUUUUCUAUACCCCCCCCCCCCCCCCCCCAUUCUUCAACAUUCCAUUAACAGAACUGGUGAUUAUUGAUGUUUUGUUUGAAGUAACUGUAUAUGAAAUGUUUUCCAUUGGCUUCAAGCAAAAUUAUUACAAUGAUUGCAGUUUCAUGAGGCAAAGUAGUGAAAACAGUCUUCUUCCAAUGGUAUGAGAAACAUUUGCAUCCCACACUUGAGGGAUUCAAUCUACCCACUGCACUUUGAGGAUUAACAGAUAUGCAAGACCAUAUACCGGUACAUGUUUGUGGCAUCAACAAUGUUGUGAUCUUAAUUCUCAAUUUUUUCGAAGUGUUGGUCAAAUUAUUUAAACUAAGGUACUUGUAGUACAAAAUGUCCAUUACGCAGGCUGAAUUAGAACCAUCAAUAUUUAUUAUAACAGUACUAUAGGUACUGUUGUUAUAUUAAAGGUCACUGGACCUACAUUUCUUUUCAAUCAGGAAUUAC